CUCUCCACUCUCGUCGCCUCCCCCUUCUCCUCUCCGGCCAGCGUCACGAGAACUCCCAAUAUAUAAAGCAAAAGCGACUCCAUCUUUUCCAUUCCGUGACGACAUCGAGGGAAUUCCACCACUGUUGAAUAUUGUUAUAUAGACAUAUCGUACGCAUGGCAACGAUGGCUUCCUUCCAAAGCCUCCCGUCUUCCUCACUCGCCAUUUUGUCCAGCAGUUGCCGCGAUGCAGUCCGAGGCCGCUGACACCCGCAUCGACGCCGCCGCGGAGUCCCACGAGCCCCAGUCGCCCACCGGCCGCCAGAUCAUCGACUUCGAGCUCCGCAACUCGCUCCCCCGCGUCCGUGCCACCUCGCCGUCCUCUGCCGAUCCUCCGCCCGGGCCUGCCGCUGCGUCGCUGGUCAUGGGUACCGACCCGGGAUCCACGAUCAAGAUCGUCAAGGGAGAGUUCGGCUACGUCCUUGAGGACGUGCCCCACCUCACCGACUACCUCGCCGAUCUCCCGACAUACCCAAAUCCAAUCAAAGAAAAUCCAGCAUAUUCAGUUGUCAAGCAGUUCUUCGUUAAUCAAGAUGAUACUGUUCCAAAGAAGGUUGUCGUCCAGAAAGACAGCCCAAGAGGGAUCCAUUUUAGACGUGCUGGACCCCGCCAAAGGGUGUACUUUGAAUCAGAUGACGUGAAUGCAUGCAUUGUAACAUGCGGAGGUCUUUGCCCUGGGCUUAACACAGUGAUCCGUGAAAUAAUAUGUGGCUUGUCCUACAUGUACGAUGUCAACAAAGUUCUUGGUAUCGAGGGUGGAUACAGGGGAUUCUAUGCUCGCAACACCAUACAGUUGACACCAAAGAGUGUAAAUGAUAUUCAUAAACGUGGCGGCACAAUCCUCAGCACAUCACGAGGAGGUCAUGAUACCUUGAAGAUAGUUGACAACAUUCAGGAUCGUGGGAUAAAUCAGGUUUACAUCAUAGGAGGAGAUGGAACCCAAAAAGGAGCUGCUGCUAUUUUUGAGGAAAUCCGAAGGCGUCGCCUUAAAGUUGCUGUUGCUGGGAUCCCUAAGACAAUAGAUAAUGACAUUGCGGUUAUUGACAAGUCCUUCGGCUUUGAUACUGCUGUCGAAGAAGCCCAGCGGGCAAUUAAUGCUGCACAUGUGGAGGCUGAGAGUGUUGAGAAUGGUAUAGGCGUAGUGAAACUAAUGGGUCGCUACAGUGGGUUCAUUGCAAUGUAUGCUACUCUAGCGAGCCGAGAUGUCGACUGUUGCUUAAUUCCAGAAUCACGAUUUUAUCUGGAAGGAAAAGGUGGUCUUUAUGAAUACAUAGAGAAGAGGCUUAAAGAAAAUGGACACAUGGUAAUUGUUGUUGCCGAGGGAGCAGGACAAGAUCUUAUUGCUGAAAGUAUGAAGUCAAUGGACCACGAAGAUGCUUCUGGAAACAAGCUGCUUCUGGAUGUUGGGCUUUGGUUGUCCCAGGGAAUAAAGAAUUACUUCACAAGCAGACAAAAGAUGACAAUAAAUCUUAAAUAUAUAGAUCCGACAUAUAUGAUUCGUGCAAUUCCAAGCAAUGCAUCUGAUAACGUCUAUUGCACGCUUCUGGCACAAAGUGCAGUCCAUGGGGCAAUGGCUGGAUACACAGGUUUCACUGUGGGGCUAGUUAAUGGCAGACAGACUUACAUACCAUUUGACAGGGUGACAGAAAAACGAAAUAAGGUCGUCAUCACUGACAGAAUGUGGGCAAGGCUGCUGUCAUCAACCAAUCAGCCAAGCUUUUUGAGUUCGAAAGAUGUCGAGGAGGCAAAUAUAAGAGAGGAGCAACCCAAACAGACAUCUGGCGAGGUAAAAUGCUUGGAAAAUGGUUCUAGUUAAUAUGAAGGUUAUUUAAUAGCGUCGGCAAACCAUUAUCUUGUGCUUACAUUGUUGACAGCGUGUGCCAGCAUAAUUAAGUGAUAUAUUGUCUUCCAGUGGAGAAGCAACAAAUCUUUACGCUGUGUGCAUUUAUCAAAUAAGUGCAUCUAGAUCAUGAUCAGUAUGAACUUAGCACCAAAUAAUCUAUGGAAUCAUGUAGCAAUGUAACGUACAACCAUGGUGAUUUUGAAGUGGUUUAAUUAUCACAAAUCUAUUGGCAAAAGUCUUCUCAAGUUUCUUUGGGUAGACAGUCAAAUAGCAUAGCCUUUCUACUUGUUCUCCAAUUAUUGUUGCUAGCAUUCCCCAAGUUGUUUAUCUACAGGAAAAUUUGGAUAGAGAUCUA